AUGGUAUAUGAUACAGGAAGGUUAAGUACAGUAAUAGUAACAACAGCUGCUGUUACUACUUUGGCUCUAGAGUGCUUCCAUCAUUAUUUAUCUAAGAAGUCUACUAAAGGUAGCAGUGCUUCCACACUUGUCCAUAAGAAGAAGGAUGAUGAAUAUAAAGAGCCAGAUAAGAACUACCCAGAAGUGUUAAUUAAAGAGCAACUUGCACGUAAUUAUGCAUUUUUUGGCAAUGAUGGGAUGAAAAAAAUUCGUGAGAUAUUUGUCGUUGUGCUUGGCGCAGGAGGUGUUGGUUCCAAUUGUGUGGCUACACUUGCAAGAUCAGGUGUUACAAAGAUUAGAGUUGUCGAUUUUGAUCAGGUUUCCUUAUCAUCAUUAAACCGCCAUUCUGUUGCCACUCUCAAGGAUGUUGGAACUCCAAAGGUUGAAUGUCUACGUCAUCGAAUUCUUCAGAUUGCACCUUGGUGCGAAAUUGAAGCAAUUGACGAAGUUUUUAAGAUAGAGAAUUCUGAUCGACUUGUUGCUCAGGGUAACCCUGAUUAUGUUAUCGACUGCAUUGAUAAUAUUGAUUCCAAGGUGGAUCUUUUGGAAUACUGUCACAAAAAAGGUUAUAAAACUAUUUCAUCCAUGGGUGCUUCUUGUAAAAGUGAUCCUACUAGGGUAAACGUCGGCGAUAUUUCAAGCACAGAUGAGGAUCCAUUAGCGAAAGCAGUGAGAAGAAGGCUAAGGAAAAGAGGAAUUAUGAAUGGGGUCACUUGCAUAUUUUCUGCAGAGAAACCAGAUCCAAGAAAGGCAAGACUAUUACCUCUACCAGAGGAUGAAUUCGACAAAGGUUCAGUUGAUGAACUUAGCGCCCUUCAAAAUUUUAGGGUGCGUAUUCUUCCAGUCAUGGGUACCAUGCCUGGAAUAUUUGGACUUGCAAUAACCUCAUAUAUACUAGCUGAUUGUUCCGGGUAUCCUAUAGAACCUAUUGAAGGAAAGAACAGAUACAAAACUUAUGACAACCUUUUGGAAAGUAUAAGCUCACAGGAAGAUAGAUUGGGUCACGGACAACGUGUUCCUAUUGCUUUAAACGACAUGAGGUAUUUAUUAGAGGAAGUGUUUCAUGGAAAAUCUGUAAUAUCUAAUUAUUCCACCAGAUUAGCGGUGUCUAGAUGGCUUCCGGAUAAACCAUUACAACUUACAAACCUUGUGGUAAUAACAAAAAAAGAAUUAAAGGAACAUGAGAAACGGGUUCUCGCUGGUGGUGAGAGAGUGGAGGAUGUCUACAGUCCGGAGGUGAUAGCGAGAGUUAACAAACGGUUCUCUGAAGAGAAAUGGUACGAGCAAUUUCGUUGA